CACUAUUUCACUCACCAUCAUUCAGCGACUACACCUUCUUCGGAUAUCUUUCUACGAGUUCCCUGUCUAAGCCUACUACAAACAAAAUCAGCCAUGAAGGCUCUAGUCAUCUGUGCUCUACUUGGCUUCGCAGCUGCUGAUAGGCAGCCACCUAGCAAUGGCUACGGGGCUCCCCCUCCUCCUAGCAAUGGCUACGGAGCUCCCCCUAGCAAUGCCUAUGGGCCUCCUAAGAAUGGCUAUGGAGUGGACCCUCUUGAGGCACUGGCUGAAAAUAUCCCUGGAGGUGGUAUUCCUGGUGAAGACUAUCCCGUCUUGGCCUCUGUUCCUGACACUGGAUUCGACUGCAACGCCCAGAAUGUCCCUGGAUAUUACGCCGACACUGACCCCGAAGCUGGCUGCCAGGUAUUCCACAUCUGCCAGGACAGGCCCAGUGGACGCCGUCAGCAGGACUCCUUCCUCUGCCCCAACGGCACCAUCUUCAACCAACAGUACCUCGUCUGUGACUGGUGGUUCAACUUCGACUGUGCUGACGCUGAAGACUUCUACUCAGUCAACGAACUGAUUGGAGUUGUUCCCUAUGGCAAACAAAAUAAUAAUGGCUAUGGAUCUAAUGGCAAUGGCAAUGGAAACAAUGGCUAUGGAUCUAAUGGAAAUGGUAACGGAAAAAAGAAUGGCAAUGGAAAUGGAAAUGGAUAUGGCUCUAAUGGCUCUAAUGGAAAGAAAAAUGGCAAGAAGAACGGCAAUGGGAAUGGCUAUGGCUCUAGCAACGGCAACGGUGCAGCCCCAAGCAAUGGCUAUGGAGCACCCGCUGCCCCAAGCAACGGCUAUGGAGCACCUGCAGCCCCAAGCAACGGCUAUGGAGCACCUGCAGCCCCAAGCAACGGCUAUGGAGCACCUGCUGCCCCAAGCAAUGGAAAUGGAAAUAAUGGCUAUGGAUCCAAUGGAAAUGGAAAGGUAAAAAAGAAUGGUAAUGGAAAGAGAAAUGGAUCUAAAGGAAAGAAAAAUGGAAGAAAGAACGGUAACGGAAACGGUUAUGGUUCUAACGGGAAUGGUGGUGCCCCAAGCAACGGAUACGGAGCACCCGCUGCCCCAAGCAAUGGCUAUGGAGCUCCUGCUGAACCUAGCAAUGGCUAUGGAGCACCCGCUGCCCCAAGCAAUGGCUAUGGAGCACCUGCUGAACCUAGCAACGGAUAUGGAGCACCCGCUGCCCCAAGCAACGGUUAUGGAGCACCUGCCGAACCUAGCAAUGGCUAUGGCGCUCCUGCUGAGCCCAGCAAUGGCUAUGGAGCACCAUUCUAAGUAACAAUCGUUAUCCGUUUCAAGAUAGACGACGACAUUUUAUAUCUUAAGACCAUUCUCUCCCUCCCUUAUCUUAUUGUAUUAGAUGUAUAUACAGUAAUAUAUAAAUAUAUAUUUUGUAUAAUAAAUAUGAUCAUCAA